GUCAAAUAGUUAUAACCACUCUGUAGGGUUUUCUUAUUUUUGUUUUAUUUGAUAGACCUUAUAAAUUUGCAAUCCAUUCAUAAUACAGUCAAAUCAAGUAGGAGAUGUAAUUAACUUUAUGACUGUGUUUAUUUUAACAUAACAUAGUACAACUAUCAUAUAAGUGGUUAGGACGCUUUACCAUUUUACCAAGCUUCUCAAAAUUUUCCUUGAGAGUUCGUUAGUUCUGAAAACUCCACCAAUUUGAACAGUAGACUACAGUUACAUAAAAAAUGUCCGGUAGAAGAAAGCCGCCGCCGCCGGGCUUCAGUUUUAAACCAGCUGAAGAGCAAGUCAAUGUAACCCCUCCAAGGAAUCUUGAUAAGCAAACAACAAUCACAGUUGAUGACAAGACAUUCACUGUUCAUGCAGAUGACUUGGUGAAGAUAUGUGACCUUGGCCGCGGAGCAUAUGGUAUAGUGGAGAAAAUGCACCAUAAGCCAAGCAACACUAUAAUGGCUGUUAAGAGAAUUACAGCAACUUUUAACACUCAGUCACAAGAGUUGAAGCGCUUACUGAUGGAUCUUGAUGUGUCAAUGCGAGCCAGUGCAUGUCCCUACACAGUGCACUUUUACGGAGCCAUGUUUAGAGAGGGGGAUGUUUGGAUCUGUAUGGAGGUUAUGGAUAUGAGCCUUGAUAAGUUUUAUGCAAAGGCCUAUGCAAAUAAUAGAACAUUACCAGAAAAUAUUCUUGGAAAAAUUGCAUUUUCUGUAGUAAGUGCAUUGCAUUAUUUGUAUUCGGAGCUAAGAGUUAUACACAGAGAUGUGAAGCCAUCCAACAUACUUAUAAACAGAAAGGGUGAGGUGAAGAUGUGUGACUUUGGUAUAUCUGGUUAUCUCGUAGACUCUGUCGCUAAGACUAUAGAUGCUGGUUGUAAACCGUAUAUGGCUCCUGAAAGAAUUGAUCCCAGUGGUAACCCGGGACAGUAUGAUAUUCGUAGUGAUGUUUGGUCGCUUGGUAUAUCUAUGAUAGAGUUAGCAACUGGAAAAUAUCCAUAUAACACAUGGUGUACACCAUUCGAACAGUUGAAACAAGUUGUCAAAGAUGAUCCACCAAAAUUGCCGAGUGGAUCAUUCACACCAGAAUUUGAGGACAUGGUGACAAAAUGUCUUAAGAAAGACUUUAAACAACGGCCCAAUUAUGAUGCUCUGUUAUCACAUCCGUUUUGUCUAGAGCAUAGUAAAAAGGAAACAGAUGUUGCUUCCUUUGUACAAGAAAUUCUUGACUUACCGAGUCCCAGUGGCGAUUGUUAAUUAUAAUUUUUUAAUUUACCUAUAAGUACAAGUUUUUAGUUACUAACAAUAAUGUAGGAUAUUAGCUAAGAGAACAAGAAAUUGAAUAUAUUAACAUUAUUUUUUGAAGUCUGCAACAUUAACUGUGUGAUGUGAAUUACUUCCAAUCAUUUUUAACAUGCUUUCAAAUUUUGCAAGAGUAAAUGAAAGAAAAAUUAAAACUUAAUUUGGAAAUCUAACAUUCGCUACAUAGAUUAGUUUGGAAAUUGUUCAUAGGAGAGUGCAAACUGUUUUUUUAGCUAUUUGCAGCAUAAAAACUUAAAAAUUGACUACCAUGUGUAGUUUUUGACAAGUAUGCAAUUAAGUCAUUUUGACUAUGUUUAGCUGAGAUAGAGGUUCUAACUUGAGGCCUUGUAGUGGAAAAAGGCCUACACAUCUGAUGACAUUUGUCAUAUAUAUAUAUAGCAAUAUUUUAUAUAAUUAUACAUCACAAGUUAUU